GCCGUCCCGACCCACGGGCGCAUAUGGACGCGCCAUGGACCUCGUCGGAGGCGCUGAUCGUUGAAAUUCCGCCGGUGUGGGCUGGUACUUAAGUCGAGGGCGGAGGCGGGGGUCGCGCGAGGUUGCCUCCCACACCUUACAAGGAACCCCCAAAGCUUCUCAACGACCUCGACGUCUCUCACGACCAACUUACGGAGGUAUCACUGCCGCGCCUGCCUCACGAUGCGCGCCUCCCUCUUGAGUGCGCUUCUCGCGCCUCUCGCCGCGUCCGCCUUCUACACCGACGGGACCUACACGAACGAUAACCCCUCCACCAUCGCCGCGGACCCCUACGUGCGCUGGGACGUUGGCACUGGCGCGUACUGGGCGUACAGCACCGAGGGCGCGGACGAUGGGUGGCUAUUUGGGAUCUAUACAUCCCCGGACAUGGCUACUUGGAGCAAGGUUCCCGGUGGCGCGAUCAAGAAUGAGACGGAUUCAGGGAUAUGGGCGCAGGAUUGGUUCUGGGCGCCUGAAUGCUACUACAAUGAGAAGACCGGGUGGUAUUUCCUAUUCUACGCCGGUCGGUACACAGAGCCCAAGGAUGUCGCUGCAUACUUUGAAUAUCCUGACUUCGAAGAAGCGAGCAAGAUCGGCGUUGCCGUCUCCCAAUCCCCCUCCGGCCCCUUCGUCAACAUCGAACCCAAUCCCAUCGACUACUACCCCUUCGACCCCGACUAUCACGACAUUAACCUCCUCAUGGACGCGCCCUACCUUGUACCGCCCUCUACUCUCGCCGAAGGCCAAACCGCGCCCAACGGCACCUACAUCCCGAGCAUCGACGCGAACGUGUUCUUCGACGAUGACGGUUCUAUCUGGUUGUUCUUUUCGCGGAAUGCAUACCGCAACUGGAUUUGGGACGACGUGUUUGAGGAGUACGUGGAGGAGAGCAAUAUCUAUGCGGUGAGGUUGGACGAGGGGUGGUGGAUCGACCCGGAGGCGAAGACGAUGCCGAAGGUGCAUGAGAGUUUUAGGGAUGUGCAUGUUGGGAAGCCGGAGGGGUGGGUGCAGUCGGUGAAUGAGACGUAUCCGGGCCCGACGAGGAAGGAUGGAUGGGUGCCAGUGAUUUCGAGCAAGUUGCAGCCGCAGGUGUGGGAGAAUGCGCAUGUGCAUGAUUAUGCGGCGAGCAAUGGGACGAAGAAGAAUCGCAGGUGGUCGGAAGGGUCGACGACCAUCAAGCGCUACGAUUCGGCGGGCAAUCCGGUCUAUUUCUUGACCUACAGCGCGAACAACUACGAGUCCCCAGAUUACGGCGUUGGCUACGCGUAUGCGUCCAAUGUGGACGGACCCUACGUCAAGAGUCCGUCCAACCCAAUCCUGUCGCAGGACCCCAGUCGCUCCGUAUACUCGACCGGCCACGGGUCCAUCAUCGGUGCGCAGGGAUCCGACAAGGAACUCUUUUACCCUCACCACGCCCGCCCCUCCGUCAAUGCCACGCGCUACCUCUACAACGCGCGCCUCUUCGUCGAGCCUGAUUCCCUGUAUAUGGGGUUCGGCUCCGAGGCGGGCGACCUGCGGUGGCCGAGUGGGGUGGCGCCGUUAAGCAUUUCUGCUACUGCGGCGGCGGUGGGGAACACUACGGGUUCGACCAACAGCAGCGCUAGCACGGCGUGGAACGUCACCGUCUCGAGCGCGUCGGGUGCUGCCUUCGAUCUCUCGCAGCCGGGGAACAGGCUGUUUGCUUGGGUCGAAGGGGAUGAGACGGCGGAGGUGCAGGUGAAUGGAAGCACCGUCACUGUCGGUGGCAAGCCUGCGGGAGAUGUGAAGAUGGUAUUCCAGAGAGCGAGGGCGAACGAGACGGAGCCGUGGAGGAAUGUGUCGCAGGUGGAAAGCCUGAGUGCAGACUGGGAAUUUGUCGCAACGACGUUGACGAGUUGAUUGUAGCUCACGAGUCUCAUCACUUGUAGAUAUAUGAUUUUGAGAGAAAAUUUCCGAGUGUA